AUGAUAAGGAGCGACGAGGGACGCGCGGUCGACGCGGGUAAGCCGUGCCGCGAAGGCGGUUGGUACUGCGGGAACGUUCAACGCGACGUUCCGCGCACGCGCCUCGCGCCGCUGAUACUCUACACAUUGCCAGCGGCACGGCUAAUUGCGAAACCGCUGACCAGCCGGACCAGAAGAAUGAAUAGUUCAAAUAACUCAGCAGCAAAAGUGUGUCACGUAGCAUUGCGAGAGGCCGCCUCUCCUGCGAGGUUCGGAAAAUGCCGACGCGUCUUCAGCUCCAAUAUGGUGUUC